UCCGACCGGAGAGUUUCGUCACCGUGCGCACUGCGCGGCGGCGAGUUGCCACGUCUGAGAGCGGCCGCGAGCGCGGUGCGUGGUGCCCGGUGGAGCCCGCCAAGAUCCCUCCGUUAUCACCAUGGUGUCUGUAAUUAAUACAGUGGACACUUCCCAUGAGGAUAUGAUCCAUGAUGCUCAGAUGGAUUAUUAUGGAACACGUUUGGCAACUUGCUCCUCAGACAGAUCAGUGAAAAUAUUUGAUGUAAGGAAUGGAGGGCAAAUUCUUAUAGCUGACUUAAGAGGACAUGAAGGUCCUGUAUGGCAGGUUGCCUGGGCUCAUCCAAUGUACGGCAAUAUCCUGGCUUCCUGUUCCUAUGAUAGGAGGGUUAUUAUCUGGAAGGAAGAGAAUAGUACCUGGGAAAAAACUUAUGAAUACACAGGACAUGAUUCAUCAGUGAAUUCUGUCUGUUGGGCACCACAGGACUAUGGACUGAUCCUGGCAUGUGGCAGUUCUGAUGGGGCCAUAUCUCUGUUGAGCUACACUGGCGAUGGACAGUGGGAAAUAAAAAAAAUCAGCAAUGCACAUACAAUUGGCUGCAAUGCUGUUAGCUGGGCACCCGCUGUUGUACCAGGAAGCCUUAUAGAACAGCCGUCAAGCCAAAAACCAAACUACAUCAAACGAUUUGCUUCAGGUGGCUGUGAUAAUCUUAUCAAGAUUUGGAAAGAAGAAGAUGGCCAGUGGAAAGAAGAACAAAAACUAGAAGCCCACAGUGACUGGGUCAGAGAUGUAGCCUGGGCACCUUCCAUAGGUUUGCCAACAAGCACUAUUGCCAGCUGCUCACAGGAUGGCAGAGUUUUUAUCUGGAUGUGCGAUGAUGCCUCUGGAAAUUCAUGGUCACCGAAAUUGCUACACAAAUUCAAUGAUGUAGUGUGGCAUGUCAGUUGGUCCAUCACUGCAAAUAUUCUCGCAGUGUCUGGGGGAGACAAUAAAGUAACUUUAUGGAAAGAAUCGGUAGAUGGACAGUGGGCAUGCAUCAGUGACGUUAAUAAGGGACAAGGAGCAGUAUCUGCUAUUGCUGAAGGGCAGCAGAAUGAACAGUGACAAAUGGGGCAACCUGGAAUUUUCAAAGGAGUAGACAUGCAUACAUGCAAAGAAGUAGACAUGAUUUUUACAACUUUUCUUAUUAAACCAGAUGUAUCGUUCCUUCAGUGCAAAGCUUUUUGUAUUUUUUUAAAGUAUCAGUUCAUGAAUGAACUCCCAAAUUGAUUAUGAGGAGAGGUUAAGUUUCUGUUGCUUCAGAAUCAUUUAUUUUACCCGUUACAGUUCCCUCAUCAUUUAAAAUUUGGUACCAUUUUUCUCUUUUAACAAGAGGAAAGAAGUUAUGUAUGUGUCACAUAAUUGAUAAAGAAGUUGAGCUUAAGAGGGAGAUGGGAACUAUCAUGUAUACAGGGAAGAAGAAUAAAAAUGCAGCGUUACUUUUGUCUUAAAAGUUUGUCUUCAUUUCUAUGGUUGAAAAUAUUCAUAAAUUUGAUGUCCAAAACACAAAUCUAAUAAACUUAAAGCCACUUUUGUGUGAUUCAUUUGGUUUAAAGAAUGGAAUAAAAUCCAAAUAGAACA